CCUCUGUGCGCCCCCAUUCAUUUCCUGCAAACAGCAGCUGAGUAAGAAGAGACACUGUAUAAGGGAAGGAAAUAUUUCUCCUCUGCAGCUUUCUACCAGUGUUUGAACAGCGACGACACCUUUUGAGAACAUAAUGCUAAUGCUUGAUGGGAUGCCGAUGGCAAGAGUCAAACCAGAACUUCUGGAAUCUGAGCGAGUGUCUCCACGAGCCCCUAACUUUUCAGAUAUGGAAGCUGUUCCAAUAUUGCUUAAUAAUAUGAAAGCAGAACCUCCAGAGGAUUUACUAUCUACCGAUCAAUAUCAGACGCAAACUGAGCCAGUGGACUUGUCCAUUAAUAAAGCCCGGACAUCACCAACAGCAGUAUCGUCGUCACAGUCCUCGCCCAGCUCCGUGACGACAAUCUCAGUCUCUUCAAUGUCCUCUUGCUCUCCUCGAUUGACUUCAUCCCCAACUGUGAUUACAUCGGUGUCCUCAUCAGCAAUGUCAACAGUAUUAGCAUCAGGCUCCAUUGUGGCAUCUUCACCGGCUAUUGGAGGCCAACAGUACUUGCACAUAAUCCAUCCAAUGCCACCUUCAAAUCCAAUGAACUUUCAGUCCAGCAAACUGAGUCAUGUACAUCGCAUUCCAGUGGUUGUACAGUCCCUUCCUGUGGUCUACACUGCCAUGAGGUCUCAGAGGAACUUGAACUCCACCAUUGUACUCCCAAUGUUGGAGGAUGGCAGAAGUCAAAUGAAAGUGGAUGCUCCACAGUGCAUUGUGAAAAAACCUUUCAGCCUGCAACCUCACAGUAUUAUUCCACACAACCACUCCUGGCACCAUAAUAUAAUUGAAGGGGAGACAGCACAACUGAGGAGUUUAUCACCUGGCCGCAUCAAAAGUGAUAGUGAAGAUGAUGAUCUGCCAAAUGUGACUUUGGACAGUGUUAAUGAAACUGGAUCCACAGCACUCUCUAUCGCGCGAGCUGUCCAAGAUUCGGAUUCACCUUUCAGUGUUGAGGGUACAAGACUACAACGAAGAUCUGAGUCCCCUGAUUCGAAGAAACGGCGUAUACACAGGUGUGAUUUUGAGGGCUGCAAUAAAGUGUACACAAAAAGCUCUCAUUUGAAAGCACAUAGGAGGACGCAUACAGGUGAAAAACCGUAUAAGUGCACAUGGGAAGGCUGUACGUGGAAAUUUGCUCGUUCAGAUGAGCUGACAAGGCACUACCGCAAGCACACAGGGGUGAAACCCUUCAAGUGUGCAGACUGUGACCGUAGUUUCUCACGUUCAGAUCACCUGGCACUGCAUCGUCGAAGACACAUGCUUGUUUGAAAGUGAUUUGAAAAACAGUGGGGCAACGGAGCAGGAUCUCUUCCAAACCCCACACCCCCUCGACCCCUGGAAUUCAGCUGGGCUGAAUUAUCAAGAGCAUUGAUUGAGGAGACAUCUCCAAUCGUCCAAAAGGAGAACAAGAUAAAGAGCACUCUAAUUUUUCCCACUGCUGACAGUCAAAACCAACUGUCAGUGAUUUGGCAAUUUUGAUUAUUUUGGUUUGGCCUGUGUCUUGUCCAAGGCUAUUCAUAAUGAGUUGCUGCAAUUUUAAAACAAAAAAAGUUCUCAUUUUAAAUCAACUUAUCAUUACUAGGAUUCAUCAACUACUGGAUAAACCUAGCAGGCUGGUAUUUAGUACUGAACUUAAUUUAACCUAUUGUUUCUAUUCCACCUGUUUUUAUACUCAUUCAGAAAGCUCUAUCCAUUUUAGAGACCGCUUUUGAAAAAUGGUAAGCAACAAGAGGAUAAAGACUUGAUAAUAUUUUCCUCUACUCCAUACACAUGCUCUAAAAAUUAGUGCAUGGAGGACAGAAUAGUCCAUACUUGAUGAAGUGAAUUAUAUGCCAGUGCAGUGUCAUGGAUCGUGAUGGACAGGUUAUUAUUCUGCAACAGAAUCAAUGAAAACCCCUCCUUUAGUUGAAGAAUUACAACCGCUGCAGUGAUCUGUACUGGGCUACAUAAACUGGG